UGGCACCCUACCUAGCUCUAGCAACCCCCACCUGGCGACGGAGGCGGCGGCGCCCAAACACAGACGAGGGGAGCUGACGCGCCCUGCACCGUUCACAGGCUUCCCGGGACGCCCUCCACACAGCCCAGCGAGAGGCCCCGCCGCGCAGGAGGAGAAGGGGGAGGAGGGAGAGCGUGGCAUGAGUCAAGGCAGGCCGUGGCGACUCCUUCAGGCUGAGUGAGGCGGGCGGAGGGACGAGGAGGCGGACACGAUGUCAGACUCAGAGGAGGAGACGGUGGAGCGGCAGGUGAAGAUGGUGCUGGUGGGGGCGCCGCAGGUGGGUAAGACCUCCAUAGCCCUCCGGUACACCCAGGACACCAUUAACAAGGCCUACCAGGCGUCCAUGGGGGUGGACUUUUAUCUGAAGAGACUUGUGCUGGGCAACGAGCGCAACGUGAACGUGCAGGUGUGGGACGUGGCGGGGUCAGCCCUCACCGGCAAGAUGACCGACAAGUACCUGUACGGCGCCCACGCCAUCCUCUUCGUGUAUGACGUCACCUCCACCUCCAGCCUGGAGACCCUCCAGUCAUGGGUGACCACCGUCCGCAAGGCCUCCCGCGCCCAGGAGCGGCCGCCCAUCCAGACCCUGGUGGCCAACAAGGCCGACCUGGAGCACGCCCGGCAGGUGAAAAGUGACCGCCACCACAGGUUCGCCUCGGAGCACGGCUUGACCUCCUUCGUGGUGUCGGCCAAAACCGGCGAGGGCGUGGCGCUCACAUUCCAGAAGAUCGCGGCGGAGCUUCUCGGGGUAAGGCUGAGCAAGGCGGAGCAGGAGCAGCAGCAGCCUGUGGUCACGGCAGAGAUCGUCACUUUUCAAGAGACGUCGCUCCCCAAGGUGCCCGCCACGGCCUCCACCAGUUCCUCCACCGUCUGCAGCGUCAUGUAGCGGCGGUCGGCUGGCCACGCCGUUAUCUGAGGAGCGGCGGCACAGACCUUGGAAGAUGCAAGGCACUGCCCCUUGCUGGAACCACGGCGCUGUGGUGUCGCGUGUGCUGUUAUAAUGCUCAUGGGCCAGACUUCGACAGUAUAUUGACUUUUCUGCCUCUUGUCAAAAGCUCGUGUUUCAAGGGGCUGGUAGAUGUGAGCAGCAGUUGUCCUCUCCUCGCAGUGUCCGAACUCAUCUGAUCAACAGCAAAGCAACUGUUGUGACACUGUACUGAGGAAAAUUCUGGCCGUGAACGUGGUGUGUCUGCUACAUCAGUUGGAUGCCAAAGUGUAUGUCUUCAAACAAAACAAGACAAAAAGCCACACAUUCUACACCAACCUGAACUGUUUCCCGGCGCAUCGGGGCUGCAGCACCAAAUAGUGGCGCAGCGGCGGGGUAAUAUGUCUUUGAGGGCUGACCCGGGCGGGGCGAGGGCGUGUUGGGUCACCGAAGUGUGAUGAUGACGAGCAAAUCAGUUAUAAACAACAUAACUUAUUUCCUUUACAGUUCAGAGCAAGGCAAGGAGAUUGAUAGGACAACACGUCUAAGCAACUACCCUCGUGCUGUCCAGAGCCUCACAGUCACUUCCUUUCUGUCUGCCACUCAAGAAAAUCUCAAAGUGGAGGCUUGAAUUAUUUUCCGUCUUGCUAAUACAGGAUCAAAAUGAAGUGUUCUGCACCGCCUCAUGAAGUUAGGUCACCCAUCGGCGUCGCACGUGUCAUGGCAACUCACACUCACAAAAUAAUAAUACCGAAACUUGUAAAAUACUACGUAACAUCAGUUUCCAUUUUUACAUCAGCCUCUUUCUGUCACGAAUUUCUGUAUUAGUUUUACUAUGACUACAGAAUUUGAAUUCAUUAUUCCUUUUCUGAACUUAGAGGCGGAUUUUAAUGUCGUUACUGUUACUUUUUUACUGUCAGUGACUUAUUAAUUGAGUGACUACUCCAGCGUCUCAAUUACUCUGUGAAGGUAAAUACAUACGUUUCACUGAAAUACUUUCCCGCAGCGCGAUAUCUCAUAACUGAAAUUUUGGCGCAUCACUAACCUUAACUUUCACUAUUUUUUUUUACCACUGCAUUUUGUACAUUUUUGUUUUCACGGUAUAACCUUAUCAGACUCAUUUAGAUGCAAAAAAUGACUUCUACAAACGGUUACUUCGAUGUGAAAAUCUUCCAUUAACAUCCCUCGGCAGUCAUCAGGGAAGACAUUGCCGCCAGCACCUCGUUGAGCUGCCCCGCCGGACGAGGCGAGGCUGGCGGCGCGGGCGGCGGUCCGUCAGCGGGGUGACAUGGCUCAUCAUUCUCUUCAAGAAGCUCUUUCACCGCCAUAAGAUUUCUUGAUUCAUCUGACGUCUUGAACAAGGGAGAGUCUCGUCUAGACGCAGCCGUCGUCCCGUGUUGUCAGCAAAUCAUGAUGAGUUACAUCCCGCAUACACUUGGCGUUGACCGUGCCUCGCCUCGCCCCGCCCAGCCCGCCCAGCCGUCCACACCAGGAACGCGUCCGUCCCUCAGCGCCGCCUGGGGCCACCUCCCUCACACGCCGAGCAAGACUGGCUCCCAUGGCACUCAUGGCCACACUUGAGAGGGCAUGCAGGCGGAGGACAUGAGGAGAAAAAAAAGAGAAUAAAAAAUAACCAUUCUAUACACAGCGCAUUAUGUUCAACAGCAACCAAGUGAUGAAAUUCAGUCUGGGUCGUUGCUAACUUUCUUCCUGGUCGUAAUUCUCAAACCCCUGGGCGAGGCAUUAUGCUCCUGACACACACACACACACACACACACACACACACACACACACACACAUCGAGCUCCAUAGUCCAGUGGUUACAAGUGUGAGACCCCGGGUUCAGUUCCCAUUCGGCAGUGAAUGGGCACUGUCUGUGUUGUGGGUGGUGUUGUAAGGUUUCAGACAUUCCAUCAGAUCCGUCUCCUGAGUUCCAAGCUCAUUCAGAGAGGGUAUUGGCUGACGAUUGCGAGUCAGGCGUGUGAUCAAACCAUGGUGAAUCACACACACACACACACACACACACACACAAACUGGGCCUGAGCCGCCCCUCGCCGUCUGCUGCACGGCGUGGCCGGCGCCUCUGAGCCUCCCUCUGUUUAUGUUUCCCCGCCGUCAACCUCAACACGGCGAGCCACAAGUCUCCUCCAUGACCUGCGUAAAUUUUGUGAAUGUUCCAUCACUGUUUCCAUUCGCCGAGCCUCGCCACGUGUGUCCCACGAGGGGCGUUUCUCCUUUCUUAGCAGCAGUAAUCAAACAGUAGGCUAAGGAGGUCACCAGCUUUACUGCCUUACAGAACAGCGAAUGCCAGUAUAUAUUUUGGAAAAUAUUAUAGUAGAGUCUAUAACAGUACUGACACCGCUCAUCAAGCACAGCCUCUCCACAAACAAUCAUUCCCGGAUCUACAACAACAUGUAAUGGCUGAAAUGGUGUUGUCAGGAAAUUAAUAAAAAAAAUACUAUGA